AUGGCCCUCAUCAACGCCAAGAACUCGGUGCCUCAGAACCAGCGCCUCUACCAGAAUGCCUACAGGGCCCACACCCGUCUCUGGCAGAUUGGCCACCGCAGCCGCUGGAUGAUUGCUCCCUACGUCGUCCUCCUCUGGGGAUCCCUCGGCGCCUCCCUCUACGCUGGCGGUCGCAAGGUCGCCGGCUACAACACCUGGUUCGGCCCCAACUAA